GCCUUCUCCUGAGUGCCCGUCGAGAUGCCCCUGAUCGUAUAAGAACGGUCGCGACGAUCCCUGCUGUCUUUCACUCCCUCGGCAUUUUCCUUUCUCCUGCAUUUUUGUUCUUUUUUGCUUCUGCCCCGAACAGCUCUGCCAUGCGUUUCUCACUCACUGCCGUGGUGGCAGCUCUGGCUGCUGUCCCCCAUGCCACGGCCUCCCCUGACAUCGACGAGUGGGAUCUCCUCGCAGGCAAGGCCCUGGUGAACCAGGUGCUGUACCAAUUCACAAAGCCUCGUUACUUCGAGAGCACGUGUACGCCCCUGAACGCUGCUGUCCGUCGGGAAUGGGGCACAUUAACCAAGACUGAGCGCAAAGAGUACAUCGAGGCAGUUCAAUGCCUCAUCGACUCGCCAUCUCAGAUUGAUCCUUCUUUUGCUCCCGGCGCGCGCACUCGUUUUGAUGACUUUACCGCCGUCCACAUUAACCAGACGGCCUGGAUCCACACAACAGGUAACUUCUUGACAUGGCAUCGCUACUUCACCUGGGCCUACGAGCAAGCUCUUCGCAAUGAAUGCGGGUAUAGAGGCUACCAGCCGUACUGGUCGUGGCCGAAAUACGCCGACGACCCGCAUAGCAAUCCCAUCUUCGAUGGCUCCGAGUACAGCAUGUCGGGCGACGGGUCGUAUGUUCCUCAUGAAGGUCCUGAAGCUGGUCCGGAUAUCUUCCUGGAGCCUGGACAUGGUGGUGGCUGUGUGACAUCUGGGCCGUUCAAGGACUUCCAAGUGAACCUUGGGCCCAUCGCCACCACCCUCAACAUUCCUGGAUUGGAAAACCAGAAUGGAACAGGGCUGGACUACAACCCUCGCUGCCUGCGUCGCGAUCUCAACCCAGAUGCCGCAACCUGGACGACAAUCGACAAGGUGAUGGACCUGUUCGAGCGCAAUGAUAUCACGUCCUUCCAAAACCGCCUUCAGGGCGACUUCCCUAAUAAAUACCUCGGGGUACACAGCGGCGGUCACUACACCAUCAGCGGUGAUCCUGCUGGCGACUUCUUUGCCUCCCCCGGUGACCCGGUCUUCUACCUGCACCACGCGGCCAUUGAUCGUGUUUUCUGGACGUGGCAGAAUGUGCAGCCUAAGGAUCGUACUUUUGUGGUCCAGGGCCCGACUGUCCUUCCUGGCUUUGGCAUUCCGAAUACUGCGAAUGCUACCCUCGAUGAUAUGCAGUAUUUCAGUGUGUUGGCCGAGGACAGGACCAUCCGUGAGCUGCUUGAUACGACUGGGGGGCCUUUUUGCUACGUCUAUCUUUAAUCUUAAUGGGCGGUGUAUAUAAUUAGACCUUAAUAAAAACAUAUAUCUUCUACAAAUCAUAUAAACCGGAGAACUAAUUGACGUCCCACUUCGCUUCUACGUCUUCCCAAGCAUCAUACUGGAACAGCCACCCCCCAACCCCAUACCUCCUCCACACCAAAGGAUCCUCCCCCUCCUUCAAACCCUCAGGUAACGGCCCUCGCUUCCCCUGAACCCACUGCCUCUCAACAGCCUCAAACCCACGCAUCUUCCAAUCCCGCUCCCUCUGCUCCUCUCCAUCAUCAAGGUGAUUCAGAUCCUGCUGGAUCGAC